CUGAAGACCUCGGCUGCUCGCCCGCAGAAGCCCGUUCCCUCGCUCUGUUCCGGUCCAGCCCCCCGCCGGGCCAAGUCCAACGCCGCCGCCUCGCCUGCCCCCUCCGGGCAGCAGCUCGUGCGGCUGGACUGGGACUCGUUCUUCAAGCUCCGUGCCAGCCGGCGUCGCUACACGCUGGCCUCGUCGGUCGUGACCUCGGCUUUCACCACGGUCCUGGGAAUGCAGGUCCUCUCGUCGCAAGAUCUGGAGUCCCUGGGCGCGCAGGUGAUGGGUCUGGAUCCGUUUGUGGUGCUGGGUAUGGCGACUGCUGCGUGCGGUGCGGCGGGCUGGCUCCUUGGUCCUUUCGUAGGAAACUCGGUCUGGAGCUUGAUCUACCGGAGAUACAAGCCUUCCCUUCUACAGAAAGAAAAGCAAUUCUACGAUCGCAUCCGCCGAUUCCGCGUCGACCCUUCGUCCAACUCCAUCGCCAACCCUGUCCCCGACUACUACGGUGAGAAGAUCGGCAGUGUCCAGGGCUACCGACAAUGGCUGAAGGAUCAGAGAGCGUACAACCGCAAGAGACGCCACUUCAUCGCCUAA